AUGUCGUUUAUUAUAGAUUUGAAGAGAGUGUGUUUAAUAUGCCUACAAACGGGAAAAUUAAUGCGCGAUAUAUUUGGGCAAGAUGAAGAAAAUCCUGAAUUGCAAAUAUCAUUUAAAAUUGGAGUUUGUUCAAAUAUGAAACUGGAUUCGAAAAACAAACGGUUGCCUGAUAAAAUUUGUGAGUCUUGCCUGGACGAACUUCAGAUUGCUUGGCACUUCCAUCAAAAGUGUGAAACAGCUUUAGCGAUAUUCCGCCUGAUAUUGCGAGAUGCAGAUGAUACAGACAUCUUAGCAGCAGAGAAAAUUAAAGUGCCAGAAGGACUGACAAUAAAAUGUGUGGAAACGGAGACCAAAAAUUUCUGUACGACUACUAGCUCUCGCGAAGCCGAAAUAUAUGAAGAUGAGCCAAUUAAGAGUGACGAGCUAGAACGGGAAAAUAAGUUUGAUUUCCAUGCGGAAACUAAAAAAUUGGAAAGCGAAGAUGACGAUCACAUUAGCUCAGCAGUCACCAGCCCUUAUCAGGCCGAAGAGUACGUGGAAUAUUAUAACUCCGAAGACGUUAUAAAUGAGGAAGCUGGGGCUGAGAUCAUUGUGGAAAUCCAGGAGGAAAACUUUAAAACCAAUACACUACAUUCAUUCAAAGAAGAAGGUCCAUCUGCAAGAAGCUGUAGUAGCAAAUUUAAUAAAUAUUUGGAAGAUAAUAAUGAUGCACUGGUUACUGAUAAUCCUGAAAUUGACAAACAAUCAACAUCCGCACGCCAUACUAGAGAACGUCCCCGAAAAUAUUACUUUAAUACUGACGAGAGCAAUUUAAAUCCGUCACAUUCAGGCCCUGAUGAUAGCCGAAAUCAAAAUGAAGACAAUAUUAAAACGCCGGCGAUGACAAUACGUCAAGUGCGUACGCAUGAAAGUAAAGUGUCCCCAUCGAAUUCCCCGCCGUCAGAAAUAUGUGAAAUUUGCGGUAAUAAAUAUCGUUACCAGCACGCUUUAAAGACUCACAUGAAACGACACAAUAAUGAUAAGCAGUUUUCCUGCGAAAUGUGCGAUAAAGCUUUUAUAUCUCAUGUUGAAUUACGCCGCCACAUUCGUGUACAUACCGGCCAUAAGCCGUAUGCUUGUCAAUAUUGCGACCGCCGUUUCUCGGAUUUCGGAUCUCGAAUUAAGCAUGAACGGACACAUACUGGUGAACGACCAUACAGCUGUAGCACAUGCGGUAAAAGUUUUGCUUAUGCUCAUGUUUUAUCGGUACACUAUCGUACUCACACUGGCGAAAAGAAAUUUCGUUGCGAUCAAUGUGAUAAGGGUUUUACGAAGAAGUCAUAUCUCCUAAGACACAUGCACCAUCAUGCCCGAGCCAAUGAAGAGGCCAUUUUAACAACCGAAUUCAUCGAAGGAAGUGAAGAAAUGAAUGAAGAUGAAGACGGUACGGAAAUUCACGUAUUGAUGGGCGACCAUAAUGAUGGCGAUGAAUUCGUCGUAAAUGUUAGAUAA